GUUUCCUUUUUUUCUUUUUUUUCUUUUUUUCUUUUUAUUGUCGUUGAUUCCAUGGACUCCUUUUCCCCUUUCUUUUUGUCUGGUGGGUUUGUUUCUUUUGGGUUUUUUCGGUGUUUUAACUUUCUGGGUUUCUUUGUUUCGGUGUGUUUCCAAAUGGGUUUUCUUUAAUGAACCCUUUGUGGGGAUUUUUUUUCUCCCAUUUUUCAACAUUUUGCAACUUGGUAAAACCCCACUUAAAGUACAUCCUUGGAAACUUUGUAUUAUUGGAUAUUGUAUUGUGUUGAGUAAACCAUCCAUGGUACUGAGAGGUCCUAGUGCUCUACUUGUAAACCCCAUGAAGAAAUUUUCUGUUUUUAGGGCAAGUGGAUUUCGUUUUAAGCUUGAAUUGUUCUAGUUUCUGAAUAUCAAGUUAAUGUAAAUUUUAAAUGAUGGGAUGCUUCUAUCGAUGGAAUAAAAUUUGUAUAUUACCUUCAUAAUUAAACACAAUGUGUAUCCAGUCUUGUAAAUGGAUUGAUGUAUCAACUGGUGGGUUGAGAUUUCUUUUUGAAUGUAUUGGUUUAGCAUUUUCAUUUCGUGAAUGCUGUCUUAGGGAACGUGGUAUAAAUACCUAUUAACCACAAUGAGAUUUUUUAUUGAUUAUGAGCCUGAUGCGGAAGGCAUUGAAGAUGAUGGUAUGAUGAUAAAAUUUGGAAGUAAUAAAUUGGGGUUGGUUUGAAGAUCACAAUGAGUGUAGAAGGCAGAGACAUUGGUGGGUGUUGGACGAAUGGCGACGUUCAGUAAAAGUCUGCUACUGUCUCCCAAGUUUAUCUGGUGUAUGGAAAUGCAUAGAGAAUCAUAUUCCUUUCUUAUCUUUAUGAACCUAACCUAAGUUAUAGCAAUGAAGAAGUUUUGGAGAAAUCUGAUACAAAUGCUGGCUUGUGGUUGAUGUACUGGAGUUUCAGAGAUGAUUGAGUGUAAAUUGAUCGCCUUAUGAAUCUUUCUUUGAAUGAAUAUGAUAGUGAGCAUAUUGCACGAUAUACUGCAAGCAUUGGAGCCUGGUGGGAUUUGACCACAAGAUCCAAAAACUCAUGAUAGGAAAGGUCAUUCAUCUGCUUCUUUGAGAUCUCCAUCACUUGGGGGGAAUACACCAUCUAGAGGUCUUCAAGUUCAUAGAACUGAAGGUGAAAUAUUGUUGUCUCCAAAUCUGAAAGCCUUCACAUACAGUGAGCUUAAGAAUGCUACUAAAAACUUCCGCCCUGACAGUCUAAUUGGAGAAGGAGGUUUUGGUCAUGUUUACAAAGGAUGGAUUGAUGAACAUACACUUGAAGCUGUGAGGCCUGGAGCUGGAAUGGUUGUUGCAGUGAAGAAGCUUAAGCCCGAAGGUUUUCAAGGACACAAGGAAUGGCUGUCUGAAGUAAAUUACCUUGGUCAGCUUCAUCAUCCUAAUCUGGUUAAACUAAUUGGGUUCUGCCUUGAUGGGGAUAGCCGACUUUUGGUCUACGAGUAUAUGUCCAAAGGCAGCCUUGAAAAUCAUCUUUUUAGAAGGGGUGCGCGACCACUUUCUUGGGCAAUAAGGAUCAAAGUUGCUAUAGGUGCUGCUAGAGGACUUACCUUUCUGCAUGACUCCGAAGAACCAGUUAUCUAUCGUGAUUUUAAGGCAUCGAACAUCCUUUUAGAUUCUGAAUUCAAUGCAAAACUUUCAGAUUUUGGUUUGGCAAAGGCAGGCCCAACAGGUGAUCGGACUCAUGUGUCCACUCAAGUUAUGGGUACUCAAGGCUAUGCUGCUCCAGAAUAUAUUGCCACCGGUAGGUUAACGGCUAAGUGCGAUGUGUAUAGCUUUGGAGUUGUGCUGCUGGAGCUCCUCUCGGGACGUCGUGCUGUUGAUAAAACUAAAGUAGGCGUUGAACAGAAUCUUGUGGAAUGGGCAAGACCUUACUUGGCUGAUAAGCGCAAGUUAUUUCGGAUAAUGGACAUUAAGUUAGAGGGCCAAUACCCUCAAAAAGCUGCUUACAUGACUACAGUCCUUGCAUUGCAGUGCAUUCGAGAGGCAAAAUUCCGACCACAGAUGUCUGAAGUUUUAUACGCUCUCGAACAGCUCCCCCUGGUUAAGCAUGUUGAUACCCAAAGAGCAAACAGUCCAGGACCAAAGUCCCCGCUAAGACAUAAGUACCCUUCACCUUUAAAUUCAAUGACACCAAAACCGAGUUCGCCACUACCAUCCAAAUGAAAAUCCUAGAGAACCUUUGAGAAGGGAUGGAUCAUCUUUUUAACGAUCACCCAAGUGAAUAUAUAUCUUUGCCCUCGGUGUGUUCGGUUGGUAGACUGUAGCAGUCGGAAAAUCCCUUUCCCUCUUUCGUCCUCCCUCUCGUCUUCGACUUGCGAAGGAUGAUGAUCUGUAAAUGGAGAUUGAGUUUGUUUGGGAGGUGGGAAAAGGUUGGGCAGCUGCCACUAUAAAUUUCGUAGAGAUAAUAUUUUACCUUUACACAGAAGGGGAUUGAAAUAAUGAGCAGCAGAGAGAUGGUUUAGUUUGGCAUUUUACUCCGAGGGAAUUUGUACUGAGAAUUUGUGAUUUGACAAUCAAACCUUAAAAUUUAAAUGGAAGGUUUCUGUUGGCUUCAUAAUAUUUUAUGUUGCCAACCAACCAAUGUUUUGGUUUUUGUUGUCUUUGUUCAUUGACUAAUCGCAAAAGAUUCUCACACCAA